UGACCACAUGGCUCACAUGUUAGCCAAUAGGAACGCUUCCUUCGUGCGCGCGGAACUUGAUUCAGGAAGUACGCAUUUCAUUUUCUUGUUCCUCACAAAUGAGCGAAAACAAGUCUUUAGAACCCUAAAACCUGAUAAAUUACUUGUUUAAAAAGGAAAAUAAUUCGGCCGAAAAUGUCGGCUGCUGAGUCUACAUAUGUAUCAACGCUUGGAAAAGGCGACAGUCUGCACCAACAGGUUCUCGCCUCCUUCCCUCUGUGUGACAUAACAGAAGAAGAUCUGACCCAGAACCCUCAGUUCUGUAAACUCCUGGCCACCGUGGCACAGCAUGUGGACCAAAGUGGACUCACUGUCCCACUGAAGACAGAGCUGGAGAAGGCUGAGCAGAAGCUGCAGAGCCAGAGGCGUUACUGGCUGCGCUCCGAGGGGAUCCACAAAGCGCUGCAAGAGCUGACCCAGGACCACUGUAUCAGGAAGCACCACGCCACUGUACCACCUGACCAGAACAUGUUCUAUGAGACGAUGGAGAAGUGUCUGCUGGUGGCUCAGUGUAUCAGACAGCUGGAUCCCAGUAGCACUACCAACCGGGACCAGCCCUCUGUUCUGGGUCUGACCCCCCAACAGAUGAUGGAGCUCAUGCCAUCGGAGAUGAAUGUUCAAAGAAUGAAACAGAGUCUACCCAGAGAGCUGGAGAAACAUCUGAAGACAAAGUGUUUGAGCCUCCUCUCUUACUAUCAACCUGAAUGGGAGAACGAGAGUGAGAGUGAGGGUCUGAAGAACAGCAAGUUGUCUCAUCUAUCAGCCCAGAUAGACAAUGAGAAGAAAAGAGCAGAGAGUCUGAAGGAGAGCAGCCGGGAAAACAGUGUCCUCCUGCAGAGACUGACCCAGCUCUACCUCUCUGAACAGAUCAAGUGUAUUCAGCUUCUCCAGUCCCUCAUCUUGGACCACAGGCUGAGGAUCCAGACAGAUCUGGAUCGGAAGAAGUUAGACUACUUUGAAGGAAAAUGUGAAUUAGUCUUGCAGAAGAUCAAGACUGAGAUGGUGGAGAUUCAGCUGGACACGUACAAAGUGGACACAAUAUCUGCUCAUACAAAAAUGAGAGAGAAGCUGUCGUCUGAUCUGAAGGCCAGUCAGGUGGAGAAGCACUCCGUUGAGUUGAAACUGGCCUCCUUUAAGAUGUUGGGGAAAGACUUUGAGGCCUUGGCCGAGGAGUACUGCAGACUACGGCAGGAGAUAGAAAUUAAUACCUGGGCUCUGAAGGAGUUCACCGAGUGCAAGGACAAGUGAAGGUCAUAUCUGACAAUGGGACAACAGCCAGCCAUCCCCUGCUCAUAGUGUGUCAGUGCUCACAACGGCAUGCUGGCUUUUGGAUGCUUGUCACAGACAGUGUGUGGAUAUUUGGCUCCCAUAUUACUUCUAACUAAGAAUUCUGUUUAAUAACUGCCAUAAACUCUUAAAAUAGUCAACCACAUUCAGUACACCACCAUGAUAAUCAACAUUUAUAUGUUUUAUGUUUCUACCUGAACCCAUUUUUAGUUCACGUUUGCAUUUCUCUUUGUAAUUAAAUGCAGUGUUACACUUAGCUUUACUUUCCGUCUCUGAAUGAUAACUUUCUUAUUUACAUAUACAUACAUAUAUGAGGUUAAGAAAGUGAGAGUUAGUAGUAUAUUAAUAUUUACAAUGCAAAAAUCAUUUGUCUUCCUACUAGGCAUAGACAGUGGUCUUGGUGGCCUGAUCUUACUUCACCUAAAAUACAAAUGAUGAGGUAGAAUUUUCUUGUAACACUUUAUCUCAAGCAUCAACACAGUAAAAUGUGGGGAUAUGGGCAAGAAUUGUUGUGUAUAUUUAAGCAAUAGCUCACGACAGGCCGUGGUAUACGCUCAGUAUAUCACGGCUAAGAACCAAUCAGAUUGCUUGAUGUUACUUGUCCGUUUUAUAAUGUAAUAUAAACCUCUAAGAAAAUUAACUAGAUUGAGUAAGUGUGAACAUGCCGUUAAUAUUUGUUUCCUCUGAAAAAAAUAGAUGACUGCCAGACAAAUAAUCCUUAUAAAAGAUCAACUAUCAGUUGUAGCUCCUAAUUUUCUGUCUUCUCCUGUGGGAGUAUUGAUUUUUUCAUCAAAAACACUUGUGAAGAAUUGAGGAAAUAAUUUGUUGGUAAACACUUGCAUGACAAUUUAUGAUGAUCAGAUUAAUGACAUUUUGCUGCCGUUUGCAGGUGUAUCCACAAGAUGGCAGUAUACUUUCAAUUUUCAACAGAUGUCAUGUCAUAUUUUCUACCAGACAGUUAUAUUUUUGCAGACAUGCUUGUUUUGUUUCUUUAUUAUCCUACUAUAUGCAAUCAUUUCACAAAAAGCUUUUUCUUUUCAACUUGUCACCCCUCUGUAUAAUAUCACAAAAAGUAAUGUUGUUGUUCAAAGCGCAAAACAACCCAUAUGAUUUAAUGUGAUUAAUGUAAUAAUCAGUCUAUUUUAUAUACUGUAUGCAUUUUAUAUGUGUAUACAUAAUUUUCCACGUCUCUAAGAUGCUGGGAAAUGUUUAGGAACCUUUAUAUACACAUUAUAUGGUAGGAACCAGUUAAGAAGUGCCUCUAAUUACUUAUUUAUUUAAGUAUUUUUGUCAUAGUCAUUUAUUUAACUUUAUCAGAGCAAGUAGCAAUCCCUUUUAAACAUGUCUUAUUAAUGCAGCAUUUAGGGAAUUGUGUUUAUUGUUUUGAUGUUGAUAAAGACUGUAUUUGUUAUUUGACGCUG